UGUCAACUAACAGUAAAAGCUACUGAAUGUUAGAAAGAGAAUGACUGGAAUACUUCAGCUGUUGUUACUGGUCAGCAUGACCAAGGCCUCUGAGCCAUCGUGUCCAGCGUGCUCCAAAUACGACUACGAAGAAAAGCUGCUCGAGAGAAUGAUUCGCAUGGAGUUCGCUUAUGAGAAAGUCUUAAAGGAAAACAAGGAUGUGAGCAAAACUGUUGAGCAAGACCUAACGCGGAUCAAGGAAGAAAACGAACGUUUAUACGCGACCGUUCAGACCCUUAAAGAUCAACAGGAGCAAGCAGAACGAAGACUGUUUUCACUCAUGGAGGAAGUUGAGAGAAACCAGUCCAGCACACUGGAGAAGAUAGUGUCCGAUGCUAACAAAACAAUUGCCGCCUUUAAUGAUAUGAAAGACCAAAUCGCUACCCCACUGGUGUACUUCCACGCCCGCUCUCCACAGACCGCAAGCCUGUCCACAGGUGAGGUGAUCGUGUAUAAGUCAGUGGAGACAAACCAGGGCAACGGCUACAGCUCCACCACGGGCAAGUUUACUGCUCAAGUACGCGGACUCUACUUCUUCUUUAAGCAUACUUGUACGCUUCCAACAACAUAUGCUUUACUCCAGAUAGUUAAGGAAGGUUCUGUCCUCAUUGCAAGUAAUCAUUAUGACAAGGACCAUUAUACCUGUACUAGUAGUCAGGCGUUUGUACAGCUUGAUGCCGGGGAAACUAUCUGGGUACAAUGCUCCAGUGGGGGCUCGUCUAAACAACUGUAUGAAGAUUCCCUUCGUUAGACCAGUUUUGGUGGUUCUCUCAUUCACAACUGACGUUAUUAUAUCAUUGAUCAUAAAAAUCGAAAAUGCAGAAAACAUACAAUAUAAAAAGGGAAGUAAAUUUCGCAUUGAUAAAUAAGUUAUUUUAAAAAUAAGAUGUGAUCAUUACGUGAAUUAUUUUUGUUAUCAUGUAUUGUUAGUUAAACAUUUUAGAUACCGCCUGUGUACACCGUCUGUGUGUUAUGUCUUGCUUAUAAAACUGAGAACACGUAUGUUAAAAUCAAAUUAUUUUUGUGUUAUAUCUAAGUAAGCAGUAUACAUGUUGCCAUCUUAAAAAAAACUUUAUUCUGUAUCGCCUGUAACCUUUUUGUCAAGAACAAACCAGUGUCAGAUGUUUUGUUAGUUUGUGAAUAUAUAUAGCAACACUUAUUGAUAUACUUACUUAUAAAUGCUUGUUAAUUAUAGACACAUCGUUCAUUUGGUUUUGAUACUUAAAAUUGCAUAUGCUGAUGGUUUGGCAGAAAUAAACAAAUACUUAUGCCUGCGAUGAACUCAUAAAAUCGCUAUACAUUGACAAGGCAAUGUGUGUUUCAUUAUUUUUACCACAACAUCAAAAUAUAUUGGAAGCAAAAUUCUAGGUCAAAUGUCAUGGUAAUAUUUAGAAAUCAUAGCGCUCAUGACAAACGUUUAGACCUUCUCUGUUUUCCAAACGACUUAUUCGACUGGCAAUCAAUGUUGCUCGUUGUAUAUGACCAAGGGCCUUAUUCAAUACAAUAACAAACCUCUACAUUCAAUGAAUCAGCGGUUCUGGUCAGCAUAGUUCACUUUUAUUCAUAUAAUAAGAGUUAUAGAGUCAUAUUCCACCUACUUGUACCACAAAUAGAAAAACGACUAUUGCUACAACCACUGAUAUUAAAUGUGCUAUUUCAAUACUGAAGCUUUUGUUUACUGCUUUAUAGUUUGAAUAUGCUUUUAAUAGUUUUGACAAUGAUAAUCGUGAUAAUAAUUAUGCUGGCCAGCAGUGUUAUUGUUGUUGUUGCUGCUGCUGCUGCUGCUGCUGCCGUCGCCGCUGCUGCUGCUGCUGCUGAUGAUGAUGAUCAAGAUGAUGAUGCUGAUGGAUGAUCAUGAUGAUUUA